CAAGUAUAGUGUAGAUUAUGAUUGUACAAACCUUUCUUAGUUAGUUUUACGUUUAGUUUCUUAGGAGAAAAUAUAAAUAAUGAGGUGACAUACUGAUCUGAGGACAGUGUGUACUAUGGCAACGUUAAUGGGGAAACUGCGUGAUCCCAGGGAUGGGAUUCAAUCAAGCAGGAGAGGAGAUGAUCACAAUACACCUUCCUCUGGUUCUGCUGGGAAAGAAGGGAAGAAGAAAAAGAGAAGAAACACGACUAAAGAGAAAAACAAACCCAUCUGUGAGUUGAAGAAAAGAGGACAUCCAAGCACACCUUCCCAUUCUGAUGACUCAGAGAAACCCCAGACACAGCAAUCAACCAACACUGAGCAGAGCAGUGACCUGAAGCAUGCCAAAGGCCAAGGCGAAGAGAAGAGUGCAAGGAAAUCCCGUAAAGGCAAAACAAAACAACCGGCAGUGGAGAAAACCCCAGCUUCUGAUAAAGAGUAUAAAAUGGAUGCGGCCAGCCAAAUACAGGAAAGUCUAAGGUGGGAAGGGGUUCUGGAUGAUCCGGUUGCUGAAGCAGAUCGGCUGGAGGCGUACAAAGCUAACCGGCGCAAACGCUACCUGGCAUUCAAACAGACACUUUUAGAAAAUGCCAAGGUGGCUUUCAGUUCUGAGUCAGAUGGGAGUAAACUUGGUAGAGCAUGUAAAGCUGGUUCAGCAACCAUUAUGUAG